UAAAGCCAGGGUUUUCCUCUCGGGCGGCUCCCGCUGCAGCCACCGCAGGCAAAAGCGAGGAGAGCUGCCUUGCUCCUCUCCACAGUGGAGGUGGCAUGGAGGGACUGAGGCGGAGGGGCUGUUGGCGCUGCCGGCUCGGCGGUCUCGCCUGGGCAGCCCUGACCCGAGGCAGGAGAAGAGCUCCCGCGGGGAAUGCCCUCUCCCGAGCCUGGAGGGCAGCUAUCUUUGCCCGUCCAGGCGCUGCGUGAGGGCGGGGGGACGACGCCAUGCGCUGUCCCUCGCCUUCCCUCCGCGCCCCGCCCCGGGCACGCAGGUGCUGGACGGGGGUGGUCUGUCCGCUGUGCCAUGGCCGGGGCUGCGAAGGGCAUCCCGGAGCGCUCGGCGGAGGCGGAGGAGACUUGUUCCUUCUUAAUCACUUGUGAGGAUCAGGAUUACAGGCUGUCAAUUUGCAGCAAAUUAUGCUAUGCAAUAGGAGGUGCCCCAAACCAAGUGGCAGGGAGUGCUACUGCUUUCUUCCUCCAGAUCUACUUGCUAGACAUAGCCCAUAUAACUCCAUUUCAUGCCUCUUUGGUGCUGUUCAUUGGCAAAGCCUCAGGUGCAGUUACUGAUCCUGUUGCUGGCUUUUUUAUUAGCAAAAGUAGAUGGACAAAAAUUGGACGGCUUAUGCCUUGGAUGCUGGCAUGUACACCCUUCACAGUAGUGUCCUACUUUUUUAUGUGGUACCUGCCUCCUUUUGUAUCAGGAAGAGUUGCAUGGUACUUGACUUUCUACUGCCUUUUCCAAGCACUGACCACAUUAUUCCAGGUACCGUACUCUGCCCUCACCAUGUUUCUCAGCACAGACCAGAAGGAGAGAGAUUCUGCAACAGCGUACCGAAUGACCAUGGAAGUGCUUGGGACCUUGAUUGGAGCUGCACUUCAGGGGCAGAUUGUGGCCAGUGCUCAUGUCUCUCAUCACUGCACUGUGAAUCCCCCAGUAAACACAACUGACUCCUGGUAUGACACUUCCAGCUUUCCAGACACUUCAGAUCCCUUGUCUCAUCAAGCAAAAGUUUAUAUGAUUGCAGCAGGGGUCAUAGGAUGUGUGUAUCUUCUUGGAAUUAUCAUCCUUUUUCUUGGAGUAAAGGAAAAAGAUGAUCCUUAUGCCUUAAGUUCAGACAGAGCAAUACCUUUUUGUAAGGGGCUUGGACUCACCAUGAAGCACGGUCCAUAUGUGAAGCUUACAGCUUCAUUUCUUCUCAUCUCAACAGCAGUUCAGUUGGAGCAGAGCAACUUUGUCCUAUUCUGCACUCAUGCUGCUGAUCUUCGCAGUCACUUCCAGUAUUUGGUAGUGACCAUCUUGAUAUCAGCAGCUGUGAGCAUUCCUUUCUGGCAGAAGAUUCUGCAGCGAUUUGGCAAGAAGUGCGCAUCAUUUGGGAUUGCGUGGAUGACUCCUUUUGCAGUCAUGCUAGUCACCAUUCCAAACCUCAUCCUGGCUUACUUCGUGGCCUUUGUCUCUGGUCUGAGCAUCGCAGCAUCUCUUCUGUUGCCAUGGUCAAUGCUGCCUGAUGUUGUUGAUAACUUUCGCCUGCAGAAUCCUCAUGGUAAAGGACAUGAAACUAUUUUCUAUUCUUCUUAUGUUUUCUUUACCAAGAUGUCAGCAGGAAUUGGCUUAGGAAUUUCUGCAGCAGGACUGGAGUUUACUGGAUACAAGCCAGGGAUAUGCAGACAACCCAGUGAUGUGAUCCUUACGCUGAAAAUCCUCAUUGGAGCAGUCCCUGCUAUCCUCAUCUUUGUAGGUUUAUUUAUACUUCUUUUCUACCCGAUCACUGAAGAAAGCCGAAGAGAAACAAAGCUUGCACUUGAGGUGUUAAGGAGAAGCCAUCAAAGCACAGACACCCUGGACAAAGAGGAUACCUCAGUCUGAAAGCUCUGAAUACGAUGACUUUCCAAAUACAGUCUCACAUCUCAUGCACAAACUCUGUGAGUCUCCCAGGUCAUUUCUCUGCUCACAUUUUAUCAAACAGGAUAAAGGCUGAUUCUGACACAGUCAGAAAAGAAAUCAAGAGAGAACACCACCGUGCAAAAGAGAUAUCUAACUCUGCACUGUGCUAAAAAAGACAUUACAAAUGUUCAGGAAUGUGAGCUGUUGAAAGCUUGGGGGUUUUUGUCUAUCAGUGAUUAAGCUGUGAUCUCACUGCAACUGGAAAUUCUAUGGACUUGUAGGUCAGGGGAAAAGGAUGUAAAUAUUACGCACCACCCACAUUUUAACUCAUGAUAUAUUUCACCCUUAGGGGCUGGGAUGGAUUUUGAACAUAAUUUCUACCUAUAAAUUGCACACUAGUGUAUUUGGAAAGCACUUUGGAAUACUAGAUUAUACUAUAAAGUUAGGAUUUAUUUUCUUUUGAAAUGGAGCAAAUCACUGAUGCAGACAUGUUUUGAGGAUUUUCUCACAAAGAGUUUUUCUGCAAGAGAUUUUGAUGUAAGCUAUAAGUUAUACAUAUAAGUUUAUAACAUAUAAAUUUAUAGUUUUUAUAAGAAACGGACCCUUAUAUUUCCCAUUACUGGAGUUCUUUGCUUCUGAAACCUGUAAACUGAUCUUUGUCAGAGAAUGAGUACUGAACAUUUUCAAAUCAGUAUCUUCACUCAGGAUACCCACAAUCAGUAGUACCUUCCAAAAAUUCCAGGAAUAAAGGCCAUUCAAUUUUCUGGCCUUUAAGUAAUCAUGAUAGUCACCCAUUUCUCACAUCAUGUAGGCUUUCUGAGUCAUGAAACACCAUGACAUGGCUGUUAAUCUCAUCUUGCACACAGUGUUUUAUAGUGAUGAGGCUUAACCUGGCUUUUAAAUGGUGAUUUUUUUU